AUGUCGGACAAAGUUCGAUUUUACUUAGAGCAGUCAGUUGCUGAGCUGGAAGACCUUCGUAAGAAGGAGCUUUUUACGAAACAGGAACUAGCGGUGAUUAUGAGAAAGAGAACCGACCAUGAACACAGAAUUAGUGGCCGAACAGUCAAACCUCGAGAUUUUCUAAAAUACGCUGAAUAUGAAAUCAACGUCGAAAGACUAAGAAAGAAGCGUGUAAAGAGAUUAGGAAACAAAGACGUUGGAGGCAAAUCAGGAAUCUCUGACUGGGCUGGUCCUAGACGAAUCAUGUUUAUUUUCGACAGAUCUACCAAAAGAUUUCCAGGAGAAAUUCAACUAUGGCUACAGUAUCUUGAAUAUGCUAAGCAACAAAAGGCCAUCCACGUUAUCAACAAAAUCUUCACCACAAUGCUGCAACUUCACCCUACGAAACCAAAGCUUUGGAUUCUGGCUGCCAAGCACGAAUCCGACGAGAAUGCAUCAAUGAAAGCUGCCAGAUAUAUCUUACAGCGAUCACUACGAUUUAAUUACGAUUCCGAAUUACUGUGGUACGAGUAUAUCAAGCUGGAACUUAUUUAUGUCAGUAAGAUUUUGGCUCGUAGAAAGCUCUUAGGAUUGGACCUUGACACUGAGGAACAACAAGCCCAGAAAGAGCAAGACGAAGAAGACGAAGAAAGCGAGGCUCAUAUUGAAUUACCAGAUAUCAAAGAACAGGUCAAAGACGACUUGAAAGCGUUACCAGAGGCUGACAUGUCGAUGCUCGGUAACCCACAAACGAACCCAGCACUUCGUGGAGACGUUGCACUGGCUAUCUACGAUGCCUCUAUGGAGCGAGCCAAGACAGUGGAUGCCAAGUACGAUUUCUCUUUGAAAAUAAUUGAACUCUUCGACUCAUUUAUAGAUCUCGACCGAGCACAUCUUUCCAAGCAUGUCAUCGACUACCUCAGCCAUACUCAGGCCAGUCCCAAGACGCUGUUCCUAUCCACCACGCUCCCUGUCCGUUAUGUGUCGCACGACGAUCCAACAUUCCCAGACAUGAUUAAACUCAUGAUCACUAAAUACAAUAAGUCGUUGUCCUUGGAAGAGAAAACCCCCGAACUCAAGCAGCAUCUGCGAGAAUUCCUCACCUCGAAGUACCUCGAGCCUACCUUGGAGCCAGCCCUCGACCAGAACAUCCGUCUUGUCCUCCAAAGCUUUACCAAAAAGUUGUAA